CUGCAGAAUAAGAGUCAAGCCAGGAUCCCAGGGACAUGGGCCAGGUUUGGAGACCACGCAUGGGACCAUUUCAGGCAGCACUAUGGGCUAAGCCCAAGGCCUCAGCCAGCAAUAAUUGCUAGAAAUAGACUGAAAAGAGCAGGACAGGGUGUUGCCUUCCAAGACAGUCUGUGUUAAGCAUCCUGACCAGAAAUAAGAGGAAGAAGUGGAGAAUCCCUCAGACCCUGAGGGAGAAAAUGAAGCGAUUGUUGCAAGAGUCAGAGGAAGAAAUCAUGGUCACUUUGGGACCCUCCUCCAGUCUUUCCCCAGAUAAGGCUAAGGCGGAGACUGGCUGUCACAUCAAGAGCAAGUCCCCAAGUCCUGCUGGAUCCUUAACAGAGGACAGCUCACUACCCCCUUGCUGUGGGUCAGCAGCCUCAGCCAUUGGUGGGGAUAACGACGGGGGCCUGGCCCAGCACUGCAGCUUUGGGCAGCAGGCCAGCAGCCCGCUUCCUCUGGGCUCCACUGCCUGUGCUUCAGAGUCUGGCUCUCAGGACUUCUCAACUGCCAGCAUUACCACCAGCUGUCAGGAGCCCUCAGAGAAGAACCACGCCAAGCCCCUUUUGGGCAGGGGCCCCAGCCUUGAACAGCGAGAGCCCUUGGGGGAUGUAGUCGACUAUAUAAUCAGAGAGCUGCGAGGUAUCAGCCACCUCCAAACUGAGAUUGCUGAGCUGCAGCAGCACUUGAGCCAAGUCUGGGGUUCAGUGGAUGAAGUCUCCAGCUGUGUAGACUCAGUUCUGAGUGAAAUAGAAGGCCUGCAGGUGGGCAGCAGCUCCCUGGCCAAGGUGUGUGGGGGAAGAAAGGCCCAGGGACCUCAUAUGGACAGACCCAGUGAGGAAGCCAUUCUGUAUUUGUAUGGACUUCCUGAGCAAGAUGGGGAAAAUACCAUGGAGCUGGUGCACAGCUUCCUGGCCAAGCACCUCUGUGUUAAUGGCAUGCAGUGCAACAGGUAUAUCAAAGAGGCUUACAGGACAGGCAGAGACCAAGCCCCCAGGCCUACUGUUGUAAAGCUUGCCCAUCUAGAGCAUAGAGACUUCAUCUUGCAGAAAUCCAUCCUGUUGCAGAGUGUAGGGGUCCGGAUUGCCACCAGUGAAGAACCAAGUGGGCCACAGUGUUAUAAGAAUCCCCAAAAAGAGUCUGUGUCAUUUUUGCAACAACUUCAGGAUCAUAAUUUGAAUUCUUUAAACCCAGACGAACCAGUUCUUCAGAUGGAAAUAGGAAGCAGAGGACGCAUAACAGGAACAUAUCAAACGAAGGCCCAGAAUCAACAUGGAGGCCCCUUGACCCCUGAGCAGCAAGGCCUUUGCUUCCCAUCCAAGAACAGCUUAGCAAAGCCAAGUGAUUUGUCUCAGCCAGGGAAUGAAGUUGAAGAAACAUCAGGAACAGGCCAAGUCAUCGGUGGCAGCUGUGAUGAAUUGACAGCGAGAGAGGCUUCUCUGUUUGCCCUCCACCAGUUUGAGGAACCUUCUCUAGUGUUAAUCUCAAAAGAGGAGGAAUCUGGGAAAUCCCAGGUUUUCAAACAGUGCAGCCAAGGACCUGAAGCAUGUAAAGUAGAAAAAAUACAAGACAACUGCAUCGAUAAAAGUGAGGCCAGCAGCUGCAUGUCACUGUCUGGGUUGCUGAAAACAGAGGACAAGCUCCUGGCCUGUGAAGCCGGGCUUGAUAUUCUGAGCUCAAAGCAGCUAGAGGACCUUUUGACAGACAAGUCCAGAAGGCUUGCAACUCUGAGCUGUGACAGCAUGAUGGAGGAAAUUCUUAGAGGGCCUGAGACUUUCAGUGACAUGGUUCAUAUUGACUUGAAUGAAGAGGGGGAACGUGCUGCUCAGGUCCUUAAAGAUGUCUUCGAAAAGUCCUCUUGUGGCCUGGGAGGCUCUCAGGAGGACGAAGAUGUAGAAAUGAAGUUUUACACAAGUAAACUCGGCCGAGCAAUUCACCACUUCCGUUCAGCUCUGCAGGGAGUGUUUCAGAAACUGGAGAACAGUGGGUCAAUCAGUCCUGAGGACCCGGAAAGCAAUGAGAGUGGUUCCCAAUCAGAGAACAGUGAUAGACUUCUUGGGACCAUAAGUUCGGGAGGUGCCCAGGAUUUCUCAGGGGAGAGCCCUGGAAGUCAGGAGAGUGAGAGCUUGCUCAGUGUGGUCUCUGGUGGAGUGGGCAUCUCCACACAGGGAGACCAAACCUCUCUGGCUUCCAAUAACUCACCUCUUGCACAUUCAUUGCCAGGUUUUGCUCUGGCUCUGGGUCUGGGAAGCGAAACUUGUUCCAGGCCUGAAUCUCCCAAGCAGGGCAGACUAAGCCUAGAGCAAGUGUGUGCAGAGACCAUCUACCUCAACAAGUGCAUCAACAACUUUAAAAAUGUUCUAAGAGAGAAAAGAUUGAGGCAGAAAAAUCUUUUGCAUGAACUGGUGCAGAAGGCGAACCAUCUCUCAGUGGAAGACAUGCACCCAGAAGGAAAGCGAGGAGCCCUUCAGAUUCCAAAUGAUGGCGACCCCUCUUUGCCCCAGUGGCUCCCGGAAGGGCCAGCUGGAGGGCUCUAUGGCAUUGACAGCAUGCCAGAUCUACGCAGAAAGAAGCCGCUGCCACUUGUCAGUGAUCUGUCAUUGGUGCAAUCCCGGAAGGCAGGGAUUACUUCUGCAAUGGCUACACGCACCUCUCUCAAGGAUGAAGAGCUGAAAUCCCACGUGUAUAAGAAGACCCUGCAGGCCUUAAUCUACCCUAUCUCGUGCACCACACCCCACAACUUUGAGGUCUGGACAGCCACGACCCCGACCUACUGCUAUGAGUGUGAAGGCCUGCUCUGGGGCAUUGCCCGGCAGGGCAUGCGCUGCAGCGAGUGUGGAGUCAAGUGCCAUGAGAAGUGCCAGGACCUGCUCAAUGCCGACUGCCUGCAGCGAGCUGCAGAAAAGAGCUCUAAACAUGGAGCUGAGGAUCGGACCCAGAACAUUAUCAUGGCCAUGAAGGACCGCAUGAAGAUCCGAGAGCGGAAUAAGCCGGAGAUCUUUGAAGUUAUCCGGGAUGUCUUCACUGUGAGCAAAGUUGCCCACGUGCAACAGAUGAAAACAGUGAAGCAGAGUGUGCUAGACGGCACCUCCAAAUGGUCGGCCAAGAUUACCAUCACUGUGGUGUGUGCCCAGGGCCUGCAAGCCAAGGACAAGACGGGAUCCAGUGACCCGUAUGUGACUGUGCAAGUGGGCAAAACCAAGAAGCGUACCAAGACCAUUUUUGGGAACCUGAAUCCUGUUUGGGAGGAGAAGUUCCAUUUUGAGUGCCACAACUCUUCUGACCGCAUCAAAGUACGUGUAUGGGAUGAGGAUGAUGACAUCAAGUCAAGAGUAAAGCAGCGCCUGAAGCGGGAGUCCGAUGAUUUCCUUGGCCAAACCAUCAUCGAGGUUCGGACACUGAGUGGCGAAAUGGACGUCUGGUACAACUUGGAGAAAAGGACAGACAAAUCAGCCGUCUCAGGAGCCAUCAGACUUCAAAUCAAUGUGGAGAUCAAGGGGGAGGAGAAGGUAGCACCGUAUCAUGUGCAGUAUACGUGUCUCCAUGAGAACCUUUUCCAUUACCUCACAGACAUUCAGGGCAGUGGGGGAGUCCGGAUCCCUGAGGCUCGAGGAGAUGAUGCAUGGAAGGUGUACUUUGAAGAGACUGCCCAAGAAAUUGUGGAUGAAUUUGCCAUGCGCUAUGGCAUUGAAUCCAUAUAUCAGGCCAUGACGCACUUUGCAUGUUUGUCAUCCAAGUACAUGUGUCCUGGUGUGCCAGCAGUGAUGAGCACCUUACUGGCCAACAUCAAUGCCUACUAUGCCCACACAACCGCCUCCACCAAUGUCUCUGCUUCUGAUCGCUUUGCAGCCUCCAACUUUGGGAAAGAGAGAUUUGUGAAACUACUAGACCAGCUGCACAACUCACUGAGGAUUGACCUCUCUACAUACAGGAAUAAUUUCCCUGCUGGGAGCCCUGAGCGGCUUCAGGACUUAAAGUCCACAGUGGAUUUGCUGACCAGCAUUACUUUCUUCAGAAUGAAGGUGCAAGAACUGCAGAGCCCUCCAAGAGCCAGCCAAGUGGUAAAGGAUUGUGUGAAGGCCUGUUUGAAUUCCACAUAUGAGUAUAUCUUCAACAAUUGCCAUGACUUGUACAGCCGCCAGUAUCAGCUGAAGCAGGAGCUACCUCCAGAGGAACAGGGACCCAGCAUUCGGAACCUGGAUUUCUGGCCCAAACUCAUCACGCUCAUUGUGUCAAUCAUAGAGGAAGAUAAGAAUUCCUACACACUCGUUCUGAACCAGUUUCCUCAGGAGUUGAAUGUGGGAAAAGUCAGCGCAGAAGUAAUGUGGCAGCUCUUUGCCCAAGACAUGAAAUAUGCACUGGAGGAGCACGAGAAAGACCGGCUGUGUAAGAGUGCUGACUACAUGAACCUGCACUUCAAGGUGAAGUGGCUCCACAAUGAAUACGUUCAGGACCUGCCUGCCCUCCAGGAGCAGGUGCCGGAGUACCCCGCGUGGUUUGAGCAGUUUGUUCUACAAUGGCUGGACGAGAAUGAGGAUGUGUCCCUGGAAUUCCUGCGUGGGGCCUUGGAACGAGAUAAGAAGGAUGGGUUCCAGCAGACAUCAGAGCACGCGCUCUUUUCCUGCUCGGUGGUGGACGUCUUCACACAGCUCAACCAGAGCUUUGAGAUUAUCCGGAAGCUGGAAUGCCCAGACCCCAACAUCCUUGCCAACUACAUGAGGAGAUUUGCUAAGACCAUCGGGAAGGUGCUGAUGCAGUAUGCAGACAUCUUAUCAAAGAACUUUCCCGCUUAUUGCACAAAGGAGAAAAUGCCCUGUAUCCUGAUGAACAACAUGCAGCAACUGAGGGUCCAGCUGGAGAAAAUGUUUGAGGCCAUGGGAGGCAAGGAGUUGGACACUGAAGCUGCCGACAGUCUGAAGGAGCUGCAGGUGAAACUGAAUACGGUUCUGGAUGAGCUCAGCAUGGUGUUUGGAAACAGUUUCCAGGUGCGGAUUGAUGAGUGUGUUCGACAAAUGGCCGACAUCCUGGGCCAGGUGCGGGGCCCAGGGAAUGCAUCUCCCAACGCCAGGGCCUCCGUGGCUCAGGAUGCAGACAGCGUGCUCCGGCCUCUCAUGGACUUCCUGGAUGGCAACCUCACCCUCUUCGCCACUGUGUGUGAGAAGACGGUCCUGAAGCGAGUACUGAAGGAGCUCUGGCGGGUGGUGAUGAACACAAUGGAAAGGACGAUUGUUCUGCCGCCACUCACUGACCAGACAGGCACACAGCUGAUCUUCAGUGCUGCCAAGGAGCUGAGCCAUCUUUCCAAACUCAAGGACCACAUGGUGCGAGAAGAAACACGGAAUCUCACUCCAAAGCAGUGUGCCGUCCUUGACCUUGCCCUGGACACCAUCAAGCAAUACUUUCAUGCAGGAGGCAAUGGGCUGAAGAAAACCUUCCUGGAGAAGAGCCCAGAUCUGCAGUCCCUACGCUAUGCUCUGUCUCUGUACACACAGACCACAGACACGCUUAUCAAGACCUUUGUACGCUCACAGACUGCCCAGGUGCAUGAUGGGAAAGGUAUUAGGUUUACUGCUAAUGAGGACAUUCGGCCGGAAAAGGGGUCAGGUGUGGAUGAUCCUGUGGGAGAAGUCUCUAUUCAGGUGGACUUAUUUACACAUCCUGGCACUGGGGAGCACAAGGUCACGGUGAAAGUCGUGGCUGCCAAUGACCUCAAGUGGCAGACGGCGGGGAUGUUCCGGCCCUUUGUGGAAGUGACCAUGGUUGGCCCACACCAAAGUGAUAAGAAGAGGAAGUUCACAACCAAGUCAAAAAGCAACAACUGGGCCCCCAAGUACAAUGAGACAUUUCACUUCCUCCUGGGAAACGAAGAGGGGCCGGAAGCCUAUGAGUUGCAAAUAUGUGUGAAGGAUUAUUGUUUUGCUCGGGAGGAUCGCGUCCUAGGGCUGGCUGUGCUGCCUCUGAGAGAUGUGGCCGCCAAGGGCAGCUGUGCCUGCUGGUGCCCCUUAGGCCGGAAGAUCCACAUGGAUGAGACAGGCAUGACCAUUCUUCGGAUUCUGUCUCAGAGGAGCAAUGACGAAGUGGCUCGAGAGUUUGUGAAGCUCAAAUCAGAGUCUCGUUCCAUGGAGGAGGGGAGCUAAGCUCCUGUGCCAACCAGAUGGCACCAGUUCCACAAGUCAGGGUCAGUGGGAGUUACUAUGUAGCCAGCUUAGGGUCUUCAUUAUCAAGAGGUUGACUCCUUCAACUAAGAAAAUUUAAGAAAACAUUUAGGGUGGUAAGAAUUCAUUUUUUCACAGAAAGGGUCAUAAAUCCCUGACCAGCAGGUCUGUGGUGCUAGAUGCUGGGCUGUGGGGGUUACCACAUAGGGAGAUUUUCCAUAAAGAGAGGACAGACAUUUCUGAGAGUGUCAGCCAUUCUUGGCAGACAUUCCCUCCACCCCACACCCCAUCUCUACCCCUUUCCAUACCACACCUUAUCAAGUUGGACCCAGCUGUACCAAUCAUUAGUAGAACAAGUUUAGAGGGCCAGGAACUUGUGCCUGGCUAGCUAGGUAGUCAGUUGAGCCUAUAGGUAUCACUGAGCCCUGGAAUCUGGAUUGGAGUCUGGCCAUGGCAGGAGCAGACAGAAUAGAAUUCAGACUGUCCCUUGAAGAAUCCAUUGGUUUUGUGUGGCUCCAGUGAGAACAAGGCUUUGAAACUGAACAAGAAUACCUUCUAGAAAUGAGCUGUGCUAAUAUCUUCCCCCAGAUUACGAGUAUAUCUGUGAUGAGCAGAAGCAGUUUCACAUGGUGCUUCAGAGCCUUGAGCAGAAUAUUCUUUAGAACCCAAGCACCAGGGGUCACCUUCCUAGGAGUCCCCCUACCUCACUCCUGUAGAAAGGGGAGUGAUGCUUUGGGACAUGAGAAGCUGUUAUGUGUGUGAGGGUAGUUGGUACCUGAGGGUAGUUGGAAGAUCUGUAUUUUCUUCUUGGGUAGGCCCCCGAACAAAGCCAAAAAUUUUGUAAAUCAGUUUAGAAAGUCCUUACCUAUGGCCACUGCCUCCUGGCUGCCCCUCCCCUUGUAGAAAGAAUCUAGCUUUUGACCACACUUCCUUUCACCUAGGUCAGCUGCUAUUCCCCUCAUAGAUGUUCAGCCCUACAGAAGGAGCUUGGACUAUGAUCUCUCUGUACAUGCCAGAUGGAGGGGACCCUCAACAGGCCCUGGGAGGUCAGAGACGAACUCUUUGGGGUCAUAUGGACUUCACUGGCCUUUGCUCAGAGAUGUGACAUUCUCCUUUAAUAUCCUUGGUAGCAGCCUCCUGGACUUCCUCCCUGGACUUCCUGUGGACUCUGUGUUGUCCACAGCUGUACUAGCCAUUACAUGAAACAAGAAACUAAGCAUCUUUGUUGUUAAUUAUUGUAUGUGCCAUUGUUUCAAGAGAUUAUUCCCUAGUCUGUAAUAAAUUAUCUUAUAGCAACC